AUGCAGCAGGAUGAAAUUUUUCAAGAGAAUUUGGAAUUAUUUUUAAGGAACUGUGAAUUAAAUAGGGAGGUAGGAUGGAGGGAGGUUGAAAACACGGAUUUACUAGGUCGUUUGAACGACUUUAAGGAAAAUCAAAAAAGUUUGGAACUUUUCAUAAAGAAAUUGAAAGAGGAUGAGAUAGACUCAUGUUUGGGCGUGAUUUCAGCAACAAAUCGACUAAAAGAGUCACAAAAAUCGAUAAGAAAUCUGGAAAAAUAUAACGAAUAUUUGAAGACAAUGCUACGUAAGUAUAUGAAUGCUGGUAGCCACAUAAACAAGAUAUUGAAUGGAGGAAAGAUAUCAUCAGAAGAUGUAUUUGAGAACGAGUCUGAGGAUGAGUUUAGGGAUAAUUUGAAGAAAUGCCUGAGUAUGUUGGAGAUGCUUUCAAUGGAUGUCGAAGAACAAAUCAAGUAUAAAGACAGGUAUAAACUGUUGAAGGUAGAAAAUAAGGACUUGAAAGCUAGAGUUGAGAAGCUAACAAGGGUUAAAGCAAGCAAAAAGGUAAGAAUGGAGGUUUCCGUGAACAUCGUGGAAUUUGAUGGGCCUAAUGAGGAAUCAAUUAUAGAUAAAUCAAAGGUAGAAGAAGUUUUUGAGCAAGUAAAUGAUGAACCUACAAUUAAAGUUUUGGAUGAUGAGUUUAAAAGCAAUGAAGAGAUUGAUAUGGGCUAUGAAAUAGAUUGUUUGAAUUAUUUGGUGAAGCAACAAAAAAAGGAGAAUUAUGAGCUUAAGCAAAAAAUUUUUGAGUAUGAAUUCAAUAACAAGAACCUUGACCUAAAAACAGUUGUGGAAUCAGAGCUUAAGGAGAAACAAAGAGAACUAGAUGAACUAGAAAAGGAGUACUCGAAUUGGGUGAUUAGGCUUCAAGAGGAGAAUUCUGAAUUAAGAAGGGUGAUUGAAAUUCAGGAAAGGGAACAGUCUGAAUUUAUUGAUAAUUUUACUAAAAAAAGCACCGAGAAAGCCAAAGAAAUGCAAGCUCUACAAAUCAAAUUGGUAGAGAAUUAUGAGGAAAAACUUAGAGAAAAAAACGAGGAGUUGAGAAAGCUCAAAGGUGAGAAUUUAAAAGAGGAGAAAAAUAGCACAGAAAUAGAGUCUCUUAACAGAAUAGUUAAGAACCUUGAAGCGAAAUUGGUUGACAUCUCUGGUGAAAAGUACCGUAUAUCAUUAGAACUUGAGAAAACAAUUAAAGAUCUGAAAGAAAUUGACCAAAGGUUAGUUUUGAGUCAGGAAGCAAUCAAGCAAAAAGACAAAGAAUUUGGUUGCCUCAAAGUUGAACAACAGAAAACUCUUGAACAGUAUUAUCAUGAGAAGAAAUUACAUCAAAAGUUUGAGCAAGAUGCAUACUCAUUGAGAAAAGAGCUGGAUAAUGUACUAAGUGAUAUGUAUAAAAACCAGAAAAAGAAUAGAUCUGGGAUUACUGUCGAUUCUAUGGAUAAUGAAAAGAUUUCCUCUGUUGAAACUGUCAUUAAACACUGCAAAGAACUCGAAAGUAAAGUUGAUGAAUUGACUUUUGAAUUAGAUCAAUUUAAAAGUGGGAAAUCCACUUCCAGUUUGAGCUCGAAUUUAAAUAAUGCAGAAAUUGAAACUCUAUUUGAUCAAGUACAAAGUUUGAAGAAGGAACGUGAGCAGCUUAAGAAAGAUAUUAGACAGAGAGACUGGGCAAAAGUUGAAGUUGAAAUUCUUCAUAAACGUACGGCUGAAGAAAUUGAACAGCUUAAGAGAGAUAAUACUCGUCUCAUGCUUGAAAAUCUUAGAUUGAGAGAUUCUACUGGCGCUCAGAGUUCCCAAAAGCAAUCUUUCUUAAAUUCAGACAAUGAAAACAUACAAGCAAACAGUGCAAGAUCAUCUAUUACAGGACAGAAACAAGAAUCACUAAGAAAAGGUUCCUCUGAGGUUGCUCCAUCAAACCUUGAAGAAACCAAUCCCAUUAUUUCUAACGUUUCUACAUCCAGAAACAGCAUUCAAUCUUUACUUAAUCUAAAGGCUCCUAGAAGGCCUAGCUUAUUAAUUAAUCAAAGAAAUUAUCAUGAAAAAUAA